CUCAAUAAUAAUAAUACGUGCAUUAAUGUUUAGUAUGAGGAUGCAGGUUAUGAUAUCAUACAUCACCAACAUCUGGGGCUGCUAUAAAAAAUGCAUAUUGGCCCGCUCAACACCACACCGACAGCCACCUGCAGUAACAUUGGAUUUACUGUCGCCAAAGCCACCCUCUCUGUAGGUGUCGGCUAUCUACAGUAGUUUGGCCAAUGCUUAUCUGACCAAGUAUUUUAUUAUUAUAUAUUACAUUUUCUUACAUAUUCUUACCUAUUCUCGCUGGUAUUGGGUAAGUGAUGACUAACCACUCAUGUAACCUGCACAGUAGCAGAGUCGACGAAACAGGGAAGGCAGGAAGCGAUAGCGUCAUUCCGGAAAACAGUCUCGACCCGGCGGCGGCCAGUCAGCGAGCAGCGGCCCUGUCUAGCCGCAUCAACAACGUCAUUCUUGUCUCUUCCUGUUCUCCCCCUCGUCUCCCCUCUGUCGUCUCUUUGCUGGCUGUUUGCUGUCUGCUGUCGCUUGUCUGCUGCUGUUCGUCUCUGCUGAAGGCUGCAAUCCCUGGGAUUCGGCUGAUUCCUGAAUUCGCCAUCCUUAUCCGCACCAACCAUUGCGUUGCUCGUCCUACUCAGUACACCUGCCAAUUCCGGCCCUGGCCCGCCAACCACAACCUGUCUGUUCCAUCGCCCGAACGGACACGCACCCACGCCACUUGUUCCCCACAACCUCUGUUGCACUGCAAUUUGCUCUUGCUCUUGUACUGCACUCUGCCUUCUGCCUCCUAAGAUCACCCCGCCGAGAACGCGAUUAAUUUAUUUCUUCGCAUCGAACGCAUAUCCGUGUACGCUUCUCGCGCGCGCGUGUGUGGUGUCCCUCGCUACAUCAAAGUCAUUGGUCUGCGCGUCCAUCAUGGCGGAAUUCGUGCGUGCCCAGAUCUUUGGCACGACCUUUGAGAUCACCAGCAGGUAGGUAGCCAGGACUCUGUCGAGAAGAUGGAUGAAAGAGAAGGAGCUAGUCGCUAACGCUUGCUUUGCGUCUCUAGAUACUCCGAUCUCCAGCCCGU